UUGCACAAGUGCAACCAGUCAUAAACCUGAGUAGGUUGAAAGAGAUAAAAUACAGAGUAAGAGCUAAAAACAGUAUCUUGGAUUUGAUUUAGAAGAGUGAUACACUUGAAAGUAAAGUUAGAAAGAGUGUUAUUGAGAUAAAAAGAGAGAAAUUUGAGUGAAGCAAUUAGCAUUUAUAAAUUUGACUUGGGAUAUAAUCUGAUCAAGGGAAAAACCUUGCUUGAUUACAAUUUAAAUUGUAUGCGCAAAUAUAAAGAGUAGCUGAUAGGCAGUGAUUACUUUUACCCUCCCCCCCAAAGAAAAACUUCAAUUGCAAAGAAGCAAAUAUAAAUUUGGUCCAAAUUUUGCAAAUACAAGUGAGCUUUAUUGACAUAAUACAUUUAAAGGUACUUUUGUGUGGGUAGUUAAUUUUAAAGGAAACGUUAAGACCUUGAAAGACAAUUCAUUGUGUGCGUACUUCUCAAAUUUUUAAUUUUUUAUCUGUUGGAAUAAAGAAAUUGAAAAUGGCUGCCACUCAAUUCGGCUCAAUUAUUCAUGAGAUUCUAAACAUGCUUUCCAGUUACACAUCAAUGAUCAAUUCAGAUAUUGGUAAAUGUUGUCAUUGCAUGAAUGACAUCAAUGAAAGUGACACUUAUGUAACAUGUGAAUGUUGCAACAACCAUUUUCAUGUGACUUGUGAGGGAUACUUGAACAAUGACAAACUUGCUGACCAGAAAUUGGUUUGGAUUUGCCCAUGCUGUGGCCAUAGCAACAUUGGUAAUCGAAUAUUUGACAGAGUAUGUAUUCCAUCUCAUUAUAACAGAUAUGAGCCUCUCAUGUCGGCAGAUGUUGAUGAUGACAAUGAGAACAUGGAAAUCUUCAAAGAGACAAGACGAAAAAGGAGAGCAAAGAAGAGCAGGUUUGACUAAGCACUUGAACCCGAAGACGUGUAUUGUUGUGGAAAAGAUGCAGGAUUUGAGACGAUAUAGAGUUCAUGCAGGUGGUAGAAGAGGAAGAGGUCGAAGAAGGAACAUGAAAG